AUGCACCCAAACAAUCGCGAAUACACGCACCACUCGAGAGUCCGCAAGACUAGUUCACGUAUUGACCUCAUUCUAGUAUCGGCACAUAUCCUCACCGCAAUCACAGAAUGUAAAAUCGGAGACAUAACAUGGUCAGACCAUGCACCCACCUCAUUAACACUACAAGACAAAUUCCAGUUUCGGGGAACCUCACCCUGGAAACUGAAUGACACUAUUUUAUAUAAUCGCUCUUUUAAAGAUUCACUAGAAAAGGAAAUAAACCUAUACUUUACAACGAAUUGCACACCCCAAGCACAACCCCAAAACACAUGGGUAGCACAUAAAGCAGUAAUUAGAGGAUUACUCAUUAGUCGAGUGGUAUAUUUGAAGAAAACAGCACAACAUGACUAUACCUCGUUACUUAAAUUACUCAGAGAUCAAACACAAGCUCAGCUUAUCUCCCCAACCCAGGAAGGACAGACCAAAAUAUACCAAACCACAAAAGCCAUCAAUGACUUACUGUUUCGAAAGACUUCACACACACUAAGUAAACUGAGAAUGACGCAAUAUUCCCAGGGCAACACAGCCGGGACACCAUGGCAGACUUUUAUGCCGAACUGUACAAUCUAG